UCCCUACACAGGCAGCAGAGAGACUGCCUUGCUGCAAUGUCACCAUCAGCUCCACUGCUGCAGGCUGCCGGCACCUCCCACCACCGCAGAAGACAGAGGGCUUUCAGCCGGGCAGAGACCCAGGACUGCUGGGCACCGUGUGAGGGCAGGAGGUGGCCAGCCAGAUGGGCAGCACCAUGGAGCCCCCUGGGGGUGCAUACCUGCACAUGGGUGCCGUGACUUCCCCAGUGGGUACAGCCCGCAUGCUGCAGCUGGUCUUCGGUUGUACCACCUUCAGCCUGGUUGCCCAUCGGGGCGGCUUUGCCGGCGUCCAAGGUACCUUCUGCAUGGCUGCCUGGGGCUUCUGCUUUGCCCUCUCUGUCCUGGUGGUGGCCUGUGAGUUCACGAAGCUCCAUGGCUGCCUGCGCCUUUCCUGGGGCAACUUCACUGCGGCCUUUGCCAUGCUGGCCACACUGCUGUGUGCCACAGCCGCCGUCAUCUACCCACUCUACUUUACCCAGCUCCAGUGUCUGCCCGAGCCUGCCGGCUGCACAGCCAGGGACUUCCGCCUGGCAGCCAGUGUCUUCGCUGGGCUCCUCUUCCUGGCCUACGCCUCAGAAGUGGGUCUGACACGGGCACGGCCUGGCCAGGUAGCUAGCUACAUGGCCACAGUGUCAGGGCUUCUCAAGAUUGUCCAGGCCUUUGUGGCCUGCAUCAUCUUUGGGGCACUUGUCCAUGACAGUGGCUAUGGGCGCUAUGUGGCCAUGCAAUGGUGCGUGGCUGUCUACAGUUUGUGCUUCUUGGCUACAGUGGCUGUAGUGGCCCUGAGCGUGAUGGGCCAUACGGGGGGCCUGGGCUGCCCCUUUGACCGCCUGGUGGUGGUGUAUACCUUUCUGGCUGUGCUCCUCUAUCUCAGUGCUGCCGUGAUCUGGCCUGUCUUCUGCUUUGACCCCAAAUAUGGGGAGCCCAGACGACCCCCCAAGUGCCCACGGGGCAGCUGCUCCUGGGACAGCCAGCUGGUAAUAGCCAUUUUCACGUACGUCAACCUGCUCCUCUACAUCGUCGACCUGGCCUACUCGCAGAGGAUCCGCUUUGUGCCCACCCUGUAGCCUGGCAAGCGGCUGCCUGCCUACCUGUGGUCACCAGUGGUGGCCCCAGGCACAGAAGGGUGACCAAGGUGAACUGGGACACUAGGGGCAAGCAGCAGGGAGGCUGAGGGCUCAGAGCAGAUGUGGCAUAGGACGCUCCUGGCUCUCAUUCUUCUCAUCUCUGUCUCCAUCUCCAUCUCCAAUCUUUUUCUCCCAUUUCCAGCUCCCCUGGGCUCAGUGCUGGUCACUGUAACACAUGGAAACCCUCUAGAACACUUGCUGUUGUGACCCAUUUUGCAGCCAGGGACACUGGGAUUUUGGGAGUGGCCCAGUAUGCCUAUCAGUGUCUGGAGAUGGUACUCAGGCUGGGUAUGAACCAGGGAGAGCCCCAGAGCCAGUAAGGAGAGGAGAGGGGCUACAAGCUCCUCAUCUGAAGGGGCAACUCUCAGAACCCUGAGAGGGACUGUACCAGCUCACAAAGAAGCCUGGAAAUCAGGACCAGCCUUACCAGCCUCCACAGGGCCUCCCAAAGGCCACAGCCAAGGACUGGCUUAUAGCUCAGCCUGCAAGGGCCCGCUGAAGCCAGCAGUACUACCAGGAGCAGUGUGUGGAGGAGAUGGAUCCCCACCCAGCAACAGAGCCCCACCUGGACACCCACGAUGGGCCAUAACCCAGCAGCUGGGGUAGAGCCUGCCCUGGAUUCCCAGAAGCUGGGUUGGAAGGUGGCAUUAACAGAUGAUGAGUGCCCCACCUGGGGCAACCCCUGGGACUUGGUAUCCAGGCUCUGAGCUCCUCCAGUUGCCCAGCUGUCCUAACUGCCAAGGCCUGCUGGUACCAUCAUUCUUCAUGCCCGAGCCAGCUUCUCCUGCAUGUGAGCCCAGAUUGCACCAGCCUGGAGUGAGCCCACUAGCCACCCAGAGCCCAAGCACCACUGACUGACUGGCUCUGAAGGUCCAUGAGCGGCAAAUAAAUACAGAUGUUCAUUUGCA